AGAGUGAAAUCCCCCCUCGCAAACAAUUCUCGGCUCGCGCGACAGAGCGAUGUGCGCGCCGGCAUCGAAGCUCUGCCGUGAUGCGCGCACACGGGUGAGCACCGCGUAUUCGGUCCCAUCAAUCCCCUACAACGUGAAGCAUCGGCUACUUUAGAAAACAUGGCAGGAUGCAAGUUCAACAACGGCUUGAAAAGAACGAGUGUUUCUGGUCAUGGUCGGUGAAAUGCUUCUGAAUCUGCGUUAUGUGUCGCGAGACUUUCCAGCGGUGGAAUCUCACGUGCAGAGCAAGAAGCACAGAGACUAGCGAAGGCCGCCCGCGGGGCUAGCUGCUGCUCCGCCGCUAGCUCCUGCUCCGCCGCCCGCAACGACGUCAACUACAACGCUGGAGGUCACCGGAGGAAAUCCAGCGCCUUGCAACAAAGAGCUCAUCACCGAAGACCAACGCUGCAGUGCGUUCUUCAUUCUGUUCCACGAGACUCUGGACCAGACCACCGCGAGCAGACAGCUGGACUUCAUGUGCGUUAUUGGUGAAAUGACCACGUCCAGUCAGGAUCCUGUGGAGCUCAUGGGCCAUGACACCAGGACCUACUUCAGCACCUCAAAGAGAAUGGACCAAAUGUCAACUGGAAGUUUUUAUAUUAAUACAGUUUGAAAAGGAUUGUUUUCCUAGUAUAUUCACAAAAGCUCAGCAGUAGACAUGAACCUGUGCACAAACAUCCAUCACAUAGAGACAUGAGAACUCACACUCACUCACCCACACACACAUACAUUCUAUUAUGUAAAUGAAUUUGCAUUUUAAAAGCAGCUGGAAAUGUUAUUUGUUAUUUUAUGGAUUUUUUUUGUUCAAAAGGAACUAUGUUGCAUGUAUUUUUUAAAUAUAUUUACUUAAUUUUAGAGACAUUUGUUCAUGGGACUUAAAUGUUCUGAAAAUGUAUUAAUAAAUAUAAUUUACAACAGCAAUGACAUUUGUGUUAUCCUUUUGCAUUACACCAUACUGUUAAUUUUGAACAGACAUCAGUGUGUUUACUUUGAAUUAAUUAAUUUAGAUUAAUGUAUAUUUCCAUCGUAAAUUAGGUCUUAAAUUUUAUUUAGACGUGGUCUUAAAAAGUCUUAAAGUCUUAAAUUUCACUGGUUUAUUCCUGUAGACACCCUGUGUAAGGUACGUGUUGCAAGUUCCGCCUCAUCGAUCUUCUGUCUUGUUCUUGUGUCUCUUUCCAGCUGAGGUAAGGCUGGGGAUGGGCCACUGUUUUGUCAAGCUCAGCAAACUGGAGAAGGCUCGUUUGGCGUUUAGCCGAGCGCUGGAGCUUAAUUCCAAAUGCGUGGGAGCUCUUGUUGGUUUGGCGGUUCUAGAGCUCAACAACAAGGAGGCCGAUUCCAUCAAGAACGGAGUGCAGCUCCUCUCGCGGGCCUACACCAUCGACCCCAGCAACCCCAUGGUGCUCAACCACCUAGCCAACCACUUUUUCUUCAAAAAGGACUACAGUAAAGUGCAGCAUCUGGCCCUCCACGCUUUCCACAACACCGAGGUCGAGGCCAUGCAGGCUGAGAGCUGCUACCAGUUAGCUCGCUCAUUCCACGUGCAGGAGGACUACGACCAAGCGUUUCAGUAUUACUACCAGGCCACUCAGUUUGCCUCGUCCACGUUUGUGUUGCCCUUCUUCGGCCUGGGGCAGAUGUAUGUGUAUCGAAGGGACAAAGAGAACGCGGCACAGUGCUUCGAAAAGGUCUUAAAGGCCUACCCCAACAACUACGAAACGAUGAAAAUUCUGGGGUCUCUUUAUGCUUCAUCUGACGACCAGGAAAAGAGAGACGUUGCAAAAGGUCACCUGAAGAAGGUAACAGAGCAGUACCCAGACGAUGUGGAGGCGUGGAUCGAGCUGGCUCAGAUUCUGGAGCAGACCGAUAUUCAAGGAGCGCUGUCGGCGUACGGCACAGCCACCCGCAUCCUGCAGGAGAAGGUGCAGGCGGACGUCCCCCCCGAGAUCCUCAACAACCUCGGGGCUCUUCACUUCAGACUGGGCAACCUGGGAGAGGCCAAGAAAUACUUCCUUGCGUCUCUCGAACGGGCCAAAGCCGAAGGCGAGCAUGACGAGCGUUACUACAACGCCAUUUCUGUUACCACCUCCUACAAUCUGGCCCGUCUGUACGAGGCGAUGUGUGAAUUCCACGAAGCAGAGAAACUCUACAAAAACAUCUUGAGAGAGCAUCCUAACUACGUGGACUGUUAUCUUCGCCUUGGAGCAAUGGCUCGCGACAAAGGGAAUUUCUACGAAGCCUCUGAUUGGUUCAAAGAGGCCCUGCAGAUUAAUCAGGAUCACCCGGAUGCCUGGUCCCUGAUAGGGAACCUUCACUUGGCCAAACAGGAAUGGGGACCGGGUCAGAAGAAGUUUGAGCGUAUUCUGAAGCAGCCGUCCACACAAAACGACACCUACUCCAUGCUGGCUCUGGGUAACGUGUGGCUGCAGACGCUGCACCAGCCCACAAGAGACCGGGAAAAGGAAAAGAGACACCAGGACCGAGCCCUGGCGAUAUACAAACAAGUCCUGCGAAAUGACUCCAAGAACCUCUACGCUGCCAACGGCAUCGGUGCCGUCCUGGCCCACAAGGGCUUCUUCAGAGAGGCUCGUGAUGUGUUUGCGCAGGUGAGGGAGGCCACCGCGGACAUCAGUGACGUCUGGCUGAAUCUGGCGCACAUCUAUGUGGAACAGAAGCAGUACAUCAGUGCUGUGCAGAUGUAUGAGAACUGCCUGAAAAAGUUUUACAAAUACCAGAACACCGAGGUGCUGCUGUACCUGGCGAGGGCGCUCUUCAAAUGUGGCAAACUCCAAGAGUGCAAGCAGAUGCUGCUGAAGGCCCGUCACGUGGCGCCCAGCGACACGGUGCUCAUGUUCAAUGUGGCCCUGGUGCUCCAGAGACUGGCCACCCUGGUACUGAAAGAUGAGAAAAGCAACUUGAAGGCGGUGCUCAGCGCUGUGAAAGAGCUUGAACUGGCUCACAGGUAUUUCAGCUACCUCUGCAAGGCCGGAGACAAGAUGAGGUUUGAUCUCGCUCUUGCUGCUUCUGAGGCCAGGCAGUGCUCUGACCUGUUGAGUCAGGCUCAGUACCACGUGGCCAGAGCCAGAAAGCAGGAUGAGGAGGAGAAGGAGCUUCGGGCCAAACAAGAACAGGAGAGGGACGCGCUGCGUCAACAGAUGAGGAAAGAACAGGAGGACAAGCGGAACAAAGCGGUGGAGGGACAGAAGAAGCUCUUGGAGCAGAGAGCGUUGUACGUGGAGAAGACCAAGGGCCUGCUCACCUUCUCAGAGGGAUCAAAGGAAAUGGCCAAAGACAAGAAGAGGGGCGGAGGACGUCGUAAGAAGGGCGACAUGGAUGAGUUUGUCAACGACUCUGAUGAAGACCUGCCAAUGAAGAGGAAGAGAAGGAGAAAGGGCGGCAGUGGCAGUGAACAGGAAGAGGGGGCGGACGGAGAGAAGUCCCGCAGGAGGAGGAGGAACGAUGACGAGGAAGGAGGGUCACGGUCCAGGAAGCAGCGCAGACCCAAAGAACGCAGGAGGAUGGAUAGGCAGCAGCCUGAGCGUCUGCCGCCGUCUUUCAAAGGAAAGAUCAAGUCUAAGGCGAUCAUCUCUUCUUCUGAGUCCUCUUCAGAUGAGGAUGGCUUGAAAAUAGCUGAAGACAAACAACACAAGGACAGUGGCUCAGGAUCUGAUGAGGGCGGCCACAGCAAGCGGAUCGCGUCCGACAGUGAGUCCGAUGCAGGAAGGAACCACUCUGGCAGUGAGGCGGGCAGCCCUCGGCGCUCUGCGGGCUCAGAGGAUGACUCUGGCAGCGACCGUCCAGUGAAGAAGAGGAGGGUGCAGCGGCAAUCUGACUCUGAGCAGUCGGACAAUGAGAGCAAGAAGAGUCGGUCAGGAUCCGAUGACGAGUCCCGGCCUGGUUCGGCCGUCCCGGCGUCCGACCGAGGAUCAGAUCGUGGAUCUGAAGCGGGAUCCGACGAGGGUUCACCGCGGCGCUCCGACAACGAAGGUUCCCCGCGGCGCUCCGACGAGGGUUCCCCGCGGCGCUCUGACGAGGGUUCCCCGCGGCGCUCCGACAACGAAGUCUCCAACAAUGACAGCGAUUAAACCUUCCUUAUUCCCAUGUAAUGCUGAGAAGUCAUUUUUAUUUUGUAUUAAAGCAGGGAUUUCUGUCUGUGCGAUGUCUGGCAUUAGCCCUGAAGGGUAGAUUUGUGUUGUCCCAGCAGUGCAUUACUCAUCUUACUGGAAAUGUCUUUACAGAUUUUUUUUUGGAUAGAUCAAUGGUUUGAAGUAAACAAAAAAAAUAUAAACAUCUAUUUUCUAUCGAAGAUGGUCAGAUGAGACCAAAAAUAAGGAGAUGCAGUCAAAUAAAAAUGUCAAACGUGAA